AUGAUUCUCCGGACCGCCGUGAAGGAGGAUGAGAUUCUCAUGAACGGUCAGAUCUUGAGAGUGGAUGCGGGAACGCAUUUCAUAUUGAACAUCCGCGACUUCCACGUGGAUGAGGAGUACUUCCCAUCUCCGGCAGAUGUAAGUUUGGAGCGCUACAACGACCCCAAACAGAAGCAGUACUUCCAGCCCUUCGGGAGCGGCCCCAAGAGUUGUGUGGGGCAGCACUUUGCGAUGCUGGAGAUGAAGGCCAUUCUUUUUCAGGUCUUGCAGAACUUGGACUUCAGGACGAAGUCCGACUUGUUCACACUGGAAACCCGGUGGGACAUCGCAAACCACCCGGUGAAGCCGGACCGCUUUCAAGUGCGUCGCCGCACGGAAGGUGAUCCUUCUUGA